ACCUUUCCCUUUUUUUCUUCUCCUCUCCUUCCCCCUAACAUGGCUUCAUUUCCCUUCUCUCAAAUCCAAUACUUUUCUUUACUCCAAAUCCAAACCCAAAAGCCAUGGCUCUGCUACACCCAGUUGUUCUCUCCCACACCUCUCUCCUCUCUCCAACUCCCAAGCUCCUUUUCUCCCUCACUUCUCCAAACCCACCACUGAUCCAACUCAAACUCAAGCCAUUGCCCACCACCAAGAGAGGCCUCCACGCCAAGUGUGGUGCGGUGGCAGACACCAGAGCCGCUCCUUCGGUUGAUGAGGAGAAGGAGGAGGGUAAUAAUGUCCUUUUGGGUCCAACCAGUGAGGAAGAUAGAAAAGAGCAGAGAGUUUUGGUGGACUAUGAUUGGACUGAGGAAUGGUACCCUUUGUAUCUAACCAAAGAUGUUCCUGAAGAUGCUCCUUUGGGUCUCACCGUCUACCAUAAGCAGCUGGUCUUGUACCGUGACGGGUCUGGUCAGCUCCGGUGUCAUGAAGAUCGGUGCCCUCAUCGAUUGGCUAAACUAUCAGAGGGUCAGUUGAUUGAUGGGAGAUUGGAAUGUUUGUACCAUGGUUGGCAAUUUGAAGGCGAUGGAAAAUGUGUCAAGAUUCCUCAGCUUCCAGCUAAUGCCAAGAUUCCUAAAGCGGCUUGCCUUAAGCCGUACGAAGUCAGAGACUCCCAAGGGGUGAUCUGGGUGUGGAUGUCCCAAAAGACUCCACCAAACCCCAACAAAAUCCCUUGGUUUGAAAACUUUGCCAGGCCAGGAUUCAAUGACAUAUCCACCAUCCAUGAGCUCCCAUAUGACCACUCCAUACUUCUGGAGAAUCUAAUGGACCCUGCUCACGUUCCCAUCUCCCAUGACCGCACGGACUGGACUGCCAAGAGAGAGGACGCACAGGCACUUUCCUUUGAGGUCACCGAACGCAGCGACCGAGGUUUCGCCGGGUGGUGGGGCAGGGCGAGUGAGAAGUCGACACCUAACUUCUUGAGGUUUGAAGCACCCUGUUGUCUCCAGAACAAUAGGGAAAUUGUUGAUGAGAAGACUGGAGAGACUCAUUACUUCACUGGUCUAUUCCUCUGUAGACCCAGUGGACAGGGCAAGUCCAUGCUUAUAGUCAGAUUUGGCAACACUAGAAGAUCACCUCUUAUAAAACUCUUUCCUAAAUGGUACUUCCAUCAGAAUGCUUGUAAGGUUUUUGAGCAAGACAUGGGAUUUCUAUCGUCCCAAAACGAAAUCCUCAUGAAAGAAAAGGUUCCCACCAAAGAGCUUUACCUCAACUUGAGAUCCUCAGAUACUUGGGUACUCGAGUACAGGAAAUGGAUGGACAAAGUUGGGCAUGGAAUGCCAUACCAUUUUGGGCAUGGGACUAUAUGGUUGCCUCAAGAGCCCGCAGUUGUGGAGCAUGCUCCGGCGGGACUAGUUGCUGGGAUAUCGGCUUCUUCACCAGCCAAGGGAGGGAUUGGAACAAUGCACGCACCCAACUUGUCCAACCGGUAUUUUCGGCAUGUGAUCCAUUGUAAAGGGUGUAGGACUGUGGUCAAAGCUUUUGAGGAAUGGAAAAAGGGUCUCUCGGCAGUGGCUGUGGUGUUGACAGCGCUGGCGAUUUUGGUGUCCGGGAGACAGUGGAAGACACUUCUUUUGGUAUCAGCAGCUUUGUGCUCUGGUGGGGCUUACGCCUGUUCAACAGCUAUUGCUAUGAAUACUACAAACUUCAUUAGAACACACAGGAGAUUGUGAUCAAGUGAAUUGUUACAUUAAAUUUUCAUCUUGAAAAUUGAAAAACAACAGUUGGGAACUGAGAUUUUCAAGUGAUGAUGUGGAAACAGAACGUGAAAAGUGAUGUUGAAACUUAACAUUGUGAAUCAACGUUAGUGAAUUAUAAUUUGGAUGGCUGUUGUUACAAAGUGUCUGCUGAUUAAGACAUUGUAGAUGCUGGCAUGGCAUGGAUAUCAGUGUUUGGUGUAUUCUUAAACAGUGGAAAUGUUUUGCUUAGUGUAAUCAUAAAGCUGUUUUAACA